CUGAGGGUGUAUUUUGCCCUACUUUCGCUUGUCUUGUACAUAUUUACGAAAUGCUCGGUGGAUCUGUACACAGGUGCAUUGUUCAUACAACAGUCCCUUGGGUGGGAUCUCUACUUAUCCAUUUUCAUUCUAAUCGCCAUCACAGCAGUUUUGACAAUUACAGGUGGACUAACAGCAGUCAUAUACACGGAUACUCUACAGGCUUUCCUGAUGGUUGGUGGUGCUAUUGUCCUAAUGAUAAUGGGUUUCAUUGAUAUCGGAGGGUACGACGGAUUGGUCCGAAAGUAUCCACUCGCAAUGACCAAUGUCACUGUACCUGGACAAGACUGUCACAAGCCAUCUGAGAAUGCAUUCAAAAUGUUGAGAGGUCCUG